UCUUUUUGUGGGGUUUAUAGUCAGGGCCCUGGUCUGACAGACUGAUCCAAGUUUUGCUUUAGACCCUCGACUGUUGGUGAGAGCAAAAUAAGGUCAUCUGCAUAGAGCAGGCAUUUUUCAAGUCGUGUUGUGUCAAGUCCACUGUUCAAUCUAUUCCCUCCAUGUUAAUGCUGUCUUUUAUGCCUUCUCCUCUGUUCAUUCCCCCCUCUCUCCCUCUCUCUCCCUCCCUCUCUCUCUCUCCAGAAGCCGAGCUCCCCUGAGGGACCCCCCCAGCCCACAGAUCUGAAGUCUAAGGGGAUGUCGGCCUCGCCCCCGCCCCUCUGUACCCCCAAAACGGAGCCGGCCGAAGCCCUGCCCCCCGACCAGACCGAGCCGGUCGACCUGUCACUCAACAAGCCCCGGCCCUCGCUGCCCUGCACCGUGACGACGGGCCCCGCCCCGCCCAGCAUGGCCACGCCCAUCCCGGCCGUGCUGUCCCCGGGGUCCAUCCUGGCCUCCACGCAGGGGGUCGGAGGUCAGCAGAUCCUGCACGUCAUCCACACCAUCCCGUCCGUCAACAUGCCCAGCAAGAUGGGCCAGCUGCAGACCAUCCCCGUGGUCGUCCAAUCGCUGCCCGUCGUCUACACCGCCAUGACGACCGACGCCAUGGCAACCGCCACCGCCGCCAUCACUGUGCCGCUCAUCGGGAGCGACGGGCGAUCAGAGGGGUCAGUGCGGAUCAAGCCGGGGACGGCGUCGCCCGUGGAGUUCCAGAGUGACAGCGAUGUGGAGAGCGGCACAGAGUCAGGAUCAGCCUCCUUCAGCACACAGGGCCUGGACACGGGCUCCGGUGUUGAUCUGGACCUGCAGGCCGACCCUGAUUCGCCAGACAUGAAGAGGAGGCGUGUUCACAUGUGCGACUACGACGGCUGCAACAAGGUUUACACCAAGAGCUCCCACCUGAAGGCCCAUCGCCGGAUACACACAGGUGAGAAGCCGUACCACUGCACCUGGGAGGGCUGCACCUGGCGGUUUGCGCGGUCUGAUGAGCUGACGCGGCACUUCCGCAAGCACACCGGCAUCAAGCCGUUCCGCUGCACCGACUGCGACCGGAGCUUCUCCCGCUCGGACCACCUGGCCCUGCACCGCAGACGUCACGUCAUGAUGUGAACCGCCCCCGCACACAGGCCCCGCCCCCGCACACAGGCCCCGCCCCCGGACACAGGGCCUGCCCACAAGUCCCACCCACCUGCCUACAGGCCACACCCCUGUCCUGUCCUGCCCCUCCUCCAGAGAAAGAAGAGUGGGAUGUUUAACUGUGACCCCCCCUCCUCCCAGCCCCCCCCCCCCCUCCCUACCCUCGUAUUGGCCCCAGGCGAGAGAGCGACUGAUUGGCCGAGCUUCUUAUUGCCCCGCCCUCCUCCUUCUGACAGGCCGGGCUGGGGUGAGUGACAGGUGGGGGGGGGGGGUUACGGUUCAGGGGGGAGGAGCUAUGAUCUGCGCCCUCUGAGAGGCUGGCCCCUUCUGUUCCGCUUUGAGUGUGUGCCUGUGCGUGUGUGUGUGUGUGCCUGUGCGUGUGUGUAUGUGUGUCUGUUAACAUGCGUGUGUCUGCGGAUGUGUGCUGUGUGUGUGUGUGUGUGUGUGUGUGUGUGUGUGUCUGCGGGUGUGUGUGUAGAUGUGUGUGAGAUGUUGAAGGAUUAUUCUAUUUAAAGAGCUGAAUUUUAGUCCCAUAAAUUCCUUUUUCAUUCCCCUUCUGCGAGCGAGAGUGAGAGCACCAAGACUGUGAAUUUUCUUUUAUUCUUUUAUUCUCUGAUUCAUUGUCAAUCAAAACUUUUAAUCUGUCCCUAAAAUUAGACUCGCUCAAUUACAGUGUUGAUGUUGCUUGCGUUUGUGUAAUUAAAGACUUGGUUCAAGUUUCCUUUGCCUUUUAACAAAAAUAGCAUCCCCCAACGGACACAGAUACACACUCUUUUCUUUUGUUUGUUGCUUUUGAUACAACUAUGGAAAUAAAAGUUAGAAAUUACAAA